AUGUCAAAAAAGGAAUUGUUCGACUUUUGUGAACGGAAAAAGGAUUCACCAUAUGAAUGGUUUGACCGACAGCUGGGAGAAAUAAAGAACCACAGUCGUAUUUUCCACGUUGAGCCUAAGAGCGAGUUCUUGGUAAUUGAAAUCAGGUAUUGGAAGACUAAUUAUGACUUCUGGCUUCUGGCUUGGAGCUUGAAUUCCGGUGAAAGGGUUGUAGUUGUAGGUGUGAAGAGGGUUGAUUAUCAUUACCGCCUUCAAUUCGUCGGAAAAUCCAUCGACUUAUCAGAAACAUACCUUAAUCAAGGACUUGAAUCUAAGAAAAUCUUUAUGACGGUUGCAAUGAUGGACUUUGGCGGGGAUAGUUUCUGUGGAUACUUGCCACAAGUAGAUGGCGAUUACCUCAUAUCCACGUUGCCAUUCCAAGUUGUAGCGGAGAGCUUCGCCGAAUGUGUCAUUUCCGCCCCGAUAAACCUAUUGUACGAGUAUCGUCUGCUGGAGAGUAGAAGCCUGAGACUUGACCCAGAGUAA